UGAUUGCGCCACGUGGGUGAAAUAUCCGGGAUACGCUAGAAUGGCUGAGAAACUUACGCGCAUUGCGAUCGUGAAUAAAGACAGAUGCAAACCAAAGAAGUGUCGGCAAGAGUGCAAGAGAACAUGUCCUGUCGUUCGCAUGGGAAAACUGUGUAUUGAGGUGACGCCUGCUGACAAAAUAGCCUUCAUAUCGGAAACGCUUUGUAUCGGGUGUGGAAUAUGCGUCAAAAAAUGUCCAUUCGAUGCAAUCAGGAUAAUCAACUUGCCAAGCAACCUCGACAAAGACACGACACACAGAUAUGGUGCAAACUCCUUCAAACUUCAUCGACUGCCUACUCCUCGGCCUGGUGAGGUGCUUGGUCUCGUUGGUACAAACGGGAUUGGAAAGUCAACGGCUUUGAAGAUUCUUGCUGGCAAACAGAAACCAAAUCUUGGAAGAUAUUCUAAUGAACCUGACUGGCAAGAGAUUUUAACGUAUUUUCGAGGCUCGGAAUUACAAAAUUAUUUUACCAAAAUACUAGAAUUCAAUCUCAAGGCUUGUGUCAAGCCACAAUACGUUGAUCAAAUACCAAAGGCUGUGAAGGGAAGCGUACGUGAAAUUCUAAAACGUAAAGAUGACACUGAAACCCAUACCGUCAUAUGUGAUGAGCUCGAAUUGACUGAAGUUCUCGAUCGGCAAGUGGAGGAUCUCUCUGGAGGAGAACUGCAGCGAUUUGCUUGUGCAGUUGUAUGUGUCCAGCACGCAGACAUCUACAUGUUUGACGAACCAUCCAGUUACCUCGACGUCAAACAAAGACUCAAAAUGGCACGUGUGAUCCGAGGACUACUAACCGACACUCGAUACGUCAUCGUUGUCGAACACGACCUCAGCGUGUUGGACUAUCUCUCCGACUUUAUCUGUUGUUUAUAUGGCCUACCUGGUGUGUAUGGUGUAGUCACAAUGCCAUUCAGUGUUCGAGAAGGUAUUAAUAUAUUUUUGGAUGGUUUUGUGCCGACGGAGAAUUUGAGAUUUCGUGAGACGGCGCUCGUGUUUAAGGUGUCUGAGACAGCAGACAAGGAGGAGGAGGAACGGAAGAAGAUGAGACGAUACAGUUAUCCACAUAUGGUUGUAAAUCGAGGAGAAGACUUUGAGUUGACCGUUUCUCCUGGAGAGUUCACAGACUCAGAAAUCAUCGUAAUGCUUGGAGAGAACGGCACCGGCAAGACAACAUUUAUUCGUGUGAUGGCCGGCCACUUCAAACCAAAAUCAGGAGGAGAAGUUCCUCGACUCAACGUCAGCUACAAACCACAGAAAAUCAGUCCAAAAUUUGAAGGUUCAGUGCGACAGUUGUUGCAUACGAAAAUUCAAGAUGCAUACAUUCAUCCACAAUUUGUGAGUGACGUGAUGAAACCACUUAUGAUCGAACAAAUUAUGGAUCAAGAAGUGAAGAAUUUGUCUGGAGGCGAGUUACAGCGUGUCGCUCUCACGUUGUGUCUUGGCUUGCCAGCGGAUGUAUAUCUUAUUGAUGAGCCAUCUGCGUAUUUGGACUCAGAGCAACGUUUACAUGCAGCAAGAGUCAUCAAGAGGUUUAUUCUUCAUGCCAAAAAGACAGCGUUUGUUGUUGAACAUGACUUCAUCAUGGCGACUUAUUUAGCCGACCGUGUUGUUGUCUUUGACGGAACUCCAUCAGUCAAAACGAAAGCAAACAGCCCGCAAUCGCUGCUGACGGGCAUGAACAAAUUUCUUGAGUUAUUGGAGAUCACAUUUAGAAGAGAUCCGUCAAACUUCAGACCGAGAAUCAACAAAUACAACUCUGUCAAGGAUGUCGACCAGAAACGUUCAGGCAACUUCUUCUUUCUCGAAGACUAGAAGACCGACAACAACUUUAACUCUUUAAAUAGACCAACAUUAACAUAAGCCAUUAAUUCAAUUUACUUGCUUGUUUAUCAA